AUGGAUCUUGAUCUGUUGCGGCGUGCACUCUGGACGUACCGUAACGGAGACGAGGGAAACAAUACGCCAGCGCCAGCACUAACGAAAAGGCCAGCAUUAGAACGAGCGUGGUAUUUGCGCGUGCGAGACGUUAGAGGAGGUAAAGACGAAGAGAACGACACCAUCACGGCGUUUGUGUUUCACGUGGAGAACCACCCGAAUGUCACAUGGUAUCACCAAUGUGUUCAUUUUGGCGCCUUCUCCUCUCCGACCCACGAGCUGGCUUACUUCUUCUUCGGCAUGAUCAUGAUGUACGGCCUGCCGCUACUGGUUAUCAUAUUCUCCUACGCAUCAAUCCUAGGAGAGAUCUACCGUCGCUCUAGGGAACCUGGAGAGGGCUUCAGGAGGUCCAGCCUUGGGUUCCUGGGCCGUGCUAAGAGCCGGACACUGAAGAUGACCAUCACCAUUGUGUUCGUAUUCUUCGUCUGCUGGACUCCGUACUACGUCAUGUGUGUGUGGCACUGGUUGUUCCCUGCCUCCGCCAAGGACGUGGACCAGCGCGUACAACGAGGAUUGUUCCUCUUCGCCUGCACCAACUCCUGCAUGAACCCCAUCGUCUACGGCGCCUUCAACAUCAGGACGCGGCGGAGGACCCCCGGCCAGCGUAACCAGACAAUGGACUCCAGGCACGACGCUGUUGAUGUGGUCCGAUUGGUCAGUUGGAGGAGGACAGCCUCCACGCCAGCAGCGCUCAGCGGCGGCAAGAGGAACUACUGUCACACCUGCUGCAACAGGCGGCAGUCUAACUGUGUGCUCAGGCUGGACGGGGUCAAAGUGAUGACUCCUCAGUAGAUUGUGUUAGGUGCU